AGGAGCCAAGUUUGCUGAAAUGCUGGUGAUCUAUGGAGAUUCAAUUGGAUGUACCUGGAGAACAUUGUGCUUUGUCAGACAUAUGUACUACCUAUGAUGCUCCGCAGAAGAAUCCUUCAAUCUCUGCCCUAUCAUAAGGAAGAAUGGUUUACUCUGCUUAUCUUCCAUCGGUCCAGACAAGGGUUUCGAAUGAGACUCUAAACUCAAACAAUGAAGUUUUUUUAAACAGCACCACUCCAUAUUUCAAAGUACAACAGACAGAAAGCAGGUCCCCAAUGGCUAGCAGCUCCACAGAAACUACAACUUCACCGCCUUCCACGCAGGAGAGCUUCCAAAACCUCAGCUUAUCGCUGCAGGUGAUCUUUUCUAUCAUAAUGAUUUCAAUCUUCUUGGUGUCUUUCCUAGGCAAUGUGGUUGUGUGCUUAAUGGUAUACCAGCGAGCUGCCAUGCGGUCAGCCAUCAACAUCCUUCUAGCCAGCCUGGCAUUUGCAGACAUGAUGUUAGCCAUCUUAAACAUGCCAUUUGCACUUGUCACAAUUAUUAUCAAACGUUGGAUUUUUGGACCUGUUUUCUGUAUGCUAUCUGCAAUGCUCUUCUGGCUUUUUGUGAUUGAAGGAGCUGCUGUCUUGCUGAUUAUCAGCAUUGAUAGAUUUCUCAUUAUUGUUCAAAAACAGGAUCGAUUAAAUCCUCACAGAGCCAAAAUACUCAUAGGGAUUUCCUGGGCCAUUUCAUUCUGUUUUUCCUUCCCUUUAGCUGUUGGUGAAUCAAAGCUGCCGAUUCAAACUCAAGCUCCACAAUGUGUGUUUGGACAUACUAGAGAGCCAGGAAUACAGGCGUAUGUAGUGCUCAUAGUACUCUCCUUUUUCUUUAUCCCAUUUAUGGUGAUGCUCUACACAUUUAUGGGUAUUCUAAAUACUGUGCGACACAAUGCCAUCAGAAUCCACAGCCACUCGGACAGCAUCUGUUUGAGCCAAGCAAGUAAAUUAGGCCUGAUGAGCCUUCAGAGACCAUUUCAAAUGAACAUCGAUAUGAGCUUCAAGACACGUGCCUUUACAACUAUUCUUAUUUUGUUUGUGGUCUUUACAGUUUGUAUGGCACCCUUCUCUGUGUACAGCUUGAUUUCAACUUUUAAUGAAAGUUUCUAUAAUAAGCCCACCUUCUUUGAGAUAAGCACUUGGAUUCUCUGGCUCUGCUACCUCAAGUGUGCACUAAACCCGUUGAUCUAUUACUGGAGGAUCAAGAAGUUUCGAGAUGCUUGCCUAGAUUUAAUGCCCAAGUACUUUAAGUUCCUGCCUCAGCUGCCAGGCCACACAAAGCGGCGUAUUAGACCUAGUGCCAUCUAUGUAUGUGGGGAACACCGUUCUGUUGUAUAGAACUUGAUUUUUGGAAGCCUUACAAAUCCACUGAUACGCUGUACCAACUAUUUUCCUGUUUUUUUUUGUGCAAUGUAAAUUGAUUUAGUGAAACAUGAUUGUCUUAAUAUGAAUAGACUAACACGAUGUCUGGAAUGCUUCAUAAUUUCGUUUACAAUGGAUGUAAAUAGCUGGUACCUCUAGAAAGAAAACACACUGAUCUUUGGAUGGGUGUUGACUGGGCAUUUUAUUCUUAGUGCCUAUAAUAAUAGUUCAUAUAAGAGAUUGAAUGCUGCUAUAUUUGGUGAAAAUGUGCAAUUUCAGUGUACUGUACUUUUAUCUUCAAGCAAAUAAAUUGUAAACGUUU